AUGGUAAAAAAAAUUGAGGAUUCUUUUAAUCAUGCCUAAAAACUAUAUGAGUAUUAGGAGAAGAAAAUAAGGAGGGACAAGCCAGCCUCUGAUACAUAAUUGAUGCAGAAGUUACUUCAUUCAGGAACCAUUGCAGAUAAAAUAUCAGCCUUGUCAAUAUCAAUUAAAGAACACCCAGAUCAUGCAUUAGGCUCAUUAAAUAAACUACUAGAAAUUGCUGCAUUACCUUCAAGGGAGAAAAGCUUAAAAGCCUUAUUUUAACUAAAGGAUUUAUUUGUUCAUUUAAUUUUAAAGAGAGGUGUUCCAUGCAAUUUUGAAGAAUCCAACUUAACAGAUGAAUUAUAGAAAUAUUAUUGGCAUGGAAUUAACUAAGUGUUAAUAAAGACCUGUGAAAUUCUCAUCAAGGCUUCCGAAGAUGUUUUACCAUAUGUGCGAAGACAAAUUAUUUUAAUGAUGCUUGAAUUGCAUUGUGCUCAUCCAAUCUAUACAAAGGAAUUAGUUAAGGAACUUGUCAACAAAUUCGGAGACAAAGAGAAAACUUUAGUCACUUUACUAACAAAGAAACUUUCGGGAGAAUUAUCAAAAAAACCUGCAUUAACUUAUCCAUUCUUAAAAGAGGCUUAUGGAUUCAUGUAUAGACCCAAUUUAUCCCAAGAUGCUUAGUACUAUUGCCUUAAUUUUAUUAACACCAUCAAUUUAUAAACUCAAGAAACCAGCAGUGUAGCAUAUAUGCUUAAAAUUUUCUUCAUCUUUUUCAAAAAGAUCAUGAAGAUUCCAUAAGCUGAUUAAAAAUGCUCAAAAUUAUUUAGUCAGAUUUUAAAGGGAAUUAAUAAGACACUUCCAUAUGGACAAUCAUUUUUAGAUUAAUUAAAAGAAUUAUAUAAGGAAAAUGAAAAACUCAUAUAUAAAUUAAUUGCAACAUCAGACAACUUUAAAAUAAAGAUCUAGACUCUCUAUUUUGUGUAUUAAAUUUCAGAUCUCAAUGCUCACUUUUAUAGAAGUCUUUAUGAAAUUUUGUUAUCCUAGGAAAUUCAAAGCACAAGCUUAGGCGAGUUAUUCUUUGAUUUGUUAUUUUUAUCUAUAAAACAAGAUAAUGAAAUUGUUAGAUAAAAAGCAAUCAUUAAGAGAUUACUACAAGUAUCAAUGCAUUCUAAUCUAUCAUUCACAAUUACCGCAUUGAUUUGUGUUCAAAAGCUUUGCAUAGAAAUACCAUAAUUGUUGGAAGAGACCAAUGAAGAUUAGGAGUAUCAAUAUUACAAAAGAGAUCCUUUAUUUUCAGGAGCUUCAUCAUUUUUGAAUGAAAUCAAAGCAUUUACUUCACAUUAUCAUAAUAAAGCACAAUAGAUUGCCAAGUAGAUUUUGGAUAAAGAUCAAAAUAUUUCAUAGAAGGUUAAUCCUCUUUUGGAAUAUUCAUAAAGUGCAUUUUUGGCAAAAUUUGUAGAAGCAAAAAAUAGAGUUACAAAUAGAAUAUCUAAUUUAUCAGGAUCUGUUAUUAAUGAAGAAUAGUUUAAACUAAAAUAUGAAAAAUAAAGAUAAUAGGACAAUAAACUUAAAUAAUAAAGCAAACCUUAAAGAAAAAGUAGUAUAACAAGUGAGGAUGCAUUUGCAGAUGAAUUGUUCGAGAAAGAAUUACAAAAAGGAAACUUUUCAGAUGAGGAUGAAAUAGAUUUGAGUAUGGAUGAAGAUGAUGAUGAUGAAUUAGAUUUAAAUGAAGAUGAAACCUAAAAUGAAAAUUAACCAAAAUAAAUUCCAAUGAUUAUGAGAAAGAUUUAUAAAAGACAUAAAUUGUUAAAAAAAUGA